AGCUGGAACAAAGGAUCACAAAGGAGUACCAUAACUUUUGCGCUAGCGAUCGAGCGACAAUUAGGGGACGAAAAUUCACAAAAGCUACGGGAUGGACAAGAGAAUAUUAAGCCUUUGGCUGAUUGUUGCAGUGGUUUUAAUUUUUUCGACAUGGACGUGCGAGGCUAAGGGCAAACACCACCACCAUCACCACCUCAAAAACUAUCUUCGACAUAAAGUGGCAAAACACGAAACUGAGAAAAAGGUGAAAGAGAAAGAAGACAAACAGGAAGAUAAGCCGGACGAUUCCAGCGGGAGUGGAGUGGGAAAAGAUAGUGCAAUUGACAGCGAAGAGGAAGAAAAAGAAGAUGAAGAAACCAGAGAAGAAAACUUAAAAGACGAAGAAGAAAACAAAGAGAAGGACGGUGAAUCAGACAAGCGAUCAAAGAAGAAACUUCACGAUGAGGUUGAAGCUGAUAAAGGAUCUCUCAGAGAGCUUCUAGACUCCAGUAUAGAAAAUCUUGCCAAGGCUGGAAAAGCAAUUCAAGCCAUUUUAGACGCCACGGGAAAAAAUAAAGUCAGCCAAACUUGUCCUGGAGCAUGCCCGGAUGUCUGUGCACCCGGAUGUAUCUCAACCUGUUGCAGUCCUCCUGUUGACCCUAUGGCUCAAGCCACGGGUCAAGUCCCGUACCCUUCCCCAUACCAACCUGAUCCUUAUCAAUAUGCGGCUCAGCAACAGUACAGCCAGUACCCUCAGGUACCGCAGGUUCCCCAGGCUCAGGCCGCCCAGGCAAUCCCAGCUCCUCAAGCCCCCCAGUACCCUCCACAGCCUGCAGCCCAACAAUGUCCUCAGCAGUGUUCAGUAGUCCCUUGUCCCAGUGCUUGCCCAUCUUCCUGUUGCAGUGCGCAACCACAGUACCCUCAACCUGCACAACCUGCGUUGAGCGCGCCAAAUUUUCUAGUCUUACCUCCGGCCAAGCCCUCAAAACCAAACAACACCAAGCCGACCCAGCCUUCCAGCUGCGCCUCGCCAUGCUCGCAAGCUUGUGCACCCUCCUGCCUGCCAAGCUGCUGUUCUGCUCCAAUGGGCAUGGGUAUGGGCAUGCCCAUGGCAAUGCCAUACCCCCAACAGCCGCCAGUGAUGCCUCCAAUGCCACCAAUGCCUCAGGUGCAACAACAAGCAUGUCCACAAACCUGCCAGCCCGCUGUACCCGGCGGAUGUGCACCGCAGGCUCAAUGCCCACAACGCUGCUGUCCAAACGGACGCAGAUGAAGGCAACUUAAAUCGAACAGUAUUGACACACAGGAUUACAACACCUAAGAACCUAAAAGGUAUAAACCUGAUUUUCUGAAGGAGUAAAAACCUCAGGUUUUAGUGCGGUAUUGUAAUAAAACGAAAGCGUGUGUUGUCAUAGCUAUGGUUACGUGAGCUUAACUUCAACUAUUAUUAACUUAACUUAAAGCAACUCUAUAAGGUUGCUGAACUAUGCAAACCUGUUUUGUUAUAAACUGUGUUACAUGAUAUUGCCGCGUAUUAUAAAGCAAGCUUUCUUAAGAUAAUUCUUAAGAGCUAGGUAUAAAUCAAUUCUAUUAGACAGAAGCCCCCAAUUUCACGGUGUCUUGUUAUAAGCUUAAUUAACUUUGAAUAAUGUCUUAAUUAACUUUGAGUAAUGCCUUUUAUCUUCUUUCAAGAAAUGGGUGACACGAGUAACCGCCCAGUCAUAACAAUGGGUGUAAAUGUUUCAAAAUGCUGUUCGGGGAGUGUUUAAGGUUCUUUUCCUUUUUUUUCAAACUUGGUAUCAUAACCAAUUUUUUUUUUUUUACGUUAUUUCUUUGUGUUUCGUGUUUUCUUAUCAGCAUAGAAAGCCCUCUGAUUUAAGAAUGUCGAAUAAAAGUUUAUUUAGCGGUCAGACCUGGCAUAACUUUUAAGAAUGCAAACGAGUCAUUUAGCGGUGAGCACAUUCCUAGCACUAUUGUCGUCAACGAACGUAACCAGUUUGGACACUUUGUGAUGUUUUACAUAGAGUAAACAAUGACGUGAACAAGAUAUUGGCGAUCCGGGAAGGUAAAUAGCAGCUUUGAGGUUGGUUAAAGAGUGGCUGUCCUUUGAGCUCCAGAAAAUAAUCCAAGCUGUCCAAACUGGUCUCGGUCAUUUGUUAGGGCUUCUUGCCAAACAUAGCAGCAAAUAGUUAUUCUACAUGGCAAAGCUUUAACAAGUGAUGUAUUGGCUGCUGUCAGCAGCAAAGUCUACAGCAAGUGACGUGAUUCUAAAUAGAAAUCGUGAGAACCGUUAUAAUGGCAAUAGUUAAUUAAAUCAUUUAACUUGUGUAAA